CCUGGAGCUGACGGGAGUUGCAAUGGAAAUCAUCUGGAGGGUUGGGCACCAGGCUGGCAAAGACUCCACUGGAGCUCAGAGUUCCAGAGUUCUUGCAAAAGAAAUUGAAAACUUCCCCGGUUUGUGUGGAGUUGAGAGAAGCAGUCUGGCACUGCCACUUCUCCUGCUGGCCAUUGCAUUUUUCCUGAUCGUACAGAAAAGUUUGGAUUUGCAUCCCCUCCUUUAAAGGGAUUUACAUAGGCUCUGGUUUCUUUGCGGUCAGAGCAAGUUUUCCAUCUGUGUGGCUCAAUGCCACCCCCUAAGCUCCAUACAAGGCUAUAUAAGAGACCCCAGCAGUUAGGAAACUCUCAGAACGGAUGCAUUUGGACAGGAGUCCCGGAAAGACACAACGAACAGAAUCUUAGAUUCUCUUGGGUGUUAAGAUCAGCAGAGGAGGCCUUCUUGGUGGUUCCACCACCCUCAGAAGUUCAGCAGAUGGUGGCCCGGGAGAGAGCUUUCUCUGCGGCAGUCCCUAAGUUGUGGAAUUAUUUCCCUGCAGAGGAACAUCUCUGGCACCUUCGCUGGACAGUUUCUGGUGAAUGUUAAAGAUGCACCUCUUUACUCUGGCCUUCAGCUCCUGAGAUAGUUGUUCCAUAAAGGAGGACUAAAGAGUCCCUAAAACCAGAGAGAGAACAUCUGAAUGCAUCCAGCCUGACUCAGCGUCUGAGGAACCAGUUCUUCCCCUAGAGAAAAGGAUGGCUGUGUCACCGCGAUGGCGCCUUGCAUGCUUCCUCCUUCUUGAAGCGGCAUGCAUUCUCGGUGAGCGAGUUUUAAAGCAAUCUGUCAGCAGGAUCCAGCCAGGACAGAAACCGUACAGCCGUUCGAUCAAGCGCGGUCCAGACAAUCAAGGAACAUGGACAGCUUGGUUUAACAUUGACCAUCCUGGAGGCAACGGGGAUUAUGAGCGUACGGACGCCAUCCGCUUCUACUACCGGGAGAGAUUAUGUCCAAGGCCCCUUCGCAUCGAAGCCCGAACGACAGACUGGAUCCCUGCAGCCAGCACAGGCCAAGUGGUCCACUCUGGCACUCAGGAGGGAUUCUGGUGUCUGAACAAGGAGCAGCCUGCAGGGCAAAAGUGCUUGAAUUAUGCUGUGCGUUUCCUGUGCCCCACAGGCUCUUCGCCUCAGAAUUCAAAAACACUAGGGUCGUCGUGGUCAAAGUGGAGCGAGUGUUCUGCAAAAUGUGAGCAAACUGGUGUCCAGACUCGGACCAGGACCUGCCUCGCAGGAAGCCUUCAGGACCCACACUGCAAAGAAGUCAGCGAGGAAGGGAGACGCUGCUCUGGACCUCCUUGCCCAGUUUGCAGCAUGACCUGCCCGAUGGGGCGUGUGAACGCAGAGUGCAACACAUGCAUGUGCGAGGAUCAUCUACUCCAUGGCAAAGUCUCCCUUCAAGAUGGCAGCCCUGCAGCCGGCGCCACCAUCUUCUUGCAAGCCACGCCGACCAAGUUAUUAACAGUCUCAGACAGCGGCGGGGAGUUUCGGGUUCCUGGCAUAUGCCCCGAUGGCAAAACCAUGUUGCAAAUCAAAAAGCCAAAAUACAAAACAGCGCUGGUCGCUGUGCCCGAGAGUGCUGAAAAUCCCUCUUCCGUCCAUAUCCAUUUGAAAAGAGCAGAAAAACCAUACAUGAUGACGCAUCCCGAGAGCAAAGCCAGAAGAGAGGGACAAAGUGUUUCUUUCUGUUGCCAUGCCAAUGGAGAUCCAGCACCUGACCGCUACCUGUGGUUCCAUAAUAAUACUUUGCUGGAUCCUGUGCUCUAUAAAUACAAAAGCAACCUGAUGCUAAAGAAUCUGAAAUUGGACCAAGCUGGACAGUAUUCUUGUAAGACCAGCAACGACGCAGGAUCUGUGAAGUCCAAAGCAGCCAUGCUUUCCCUACUAGCUAAGAACGAAACUCCUUGCAACCCCAGACCUGAGGGUUACCUCAUCCGGCUGCCACAUGACUGCUUCCAAAACUCAACCAGCUCUUUCUACUAUGACGUUGGCAGGUGCCCAUCCGAUCCCUGCUCUGGGACGUUCGACAAAGGUCUCCGCUGCAAGGACACCACCGCUUACUGCUGUGGCAUCUCCAAAAUGGAAACACGAGAAGUAACGUGCAGUGGGUACACCCUUCCCAUCAAAGUGAACGUGGAGUGCGGCUGUCAAAAGUGUGUGAAAGCCAAGGUAACAGUGCGAGGAAGAGCUGUGGCUUCCGACACGGAGGAGCCCAUGAGGUUUGGUCAUAUAUACAUGGGGAAUAAGAGGGUCAGCAUGACCGGCUAUAAGGGAACCUUCUCCGUCCAAGUGCCCCCAAACACUGAGAGGCUGGUCCUCACCUUUGUUGAUCGCCUCCAAAAGUUUGUAAACACAACCAAGGUGCUGCCUUUUAACAAAAACGGUGGGGCUGUCUUCCACGAGGUCAAGAUGUUAAGAAAGAAGCUACCCAUCAUACUGGAAGCCACAGAGACCAGCGUGAUUCCCUUGGGGGAUAUGGAAGGUGACAAUCCGAUAGCCAAACUGGAAAUUCCUCCCAAUACAUUUUACAGACAGAACGGAGAACCCUAUGCGGGGAAAGUAAAAGCCAGCGUGACCUUCCUGGACCCAAGGAACAUCUCCAGUGCAGCCACAGCACAAAGCGACCUGAAUUUUGUAGACGACGAAGGGGACAUGCUCCCGUUGCGGACCUACGGCAUGUUUUCUAUGGAUUUCACGGAUGAAACGGCCACAGAGCCCCUUAAUGCGGGGAAAGUGAAAGUCCUUCUCGACUCUGCCCAGGUGAGGAUGCCCGAACACCUGGCAGGAAUGAAGCUUUGGUCUCUGAAUCCACAGACGGGCCUAUGGGAAGAAGAAGGGGACUUACAGGUCGAUCGGAGCAGGCGCAGCAAGCGGGAGGAAAGAACAUUUCUGGUAGGCAACAUGGAGAUCAGAGAAAGGAGGCUCUUCAACCUUGAUGUCCCAGAGAGCAGGCGGUGCUACAUCAAGGUGCGUGCUUACAGAAGCGAGAGAUACCAGCCCAGUGAACAAGUUACAGGAGUGGUGGUUUCUGUUAUCAAUUUAGAGCCAACCCCAGGCUAUUCUACCAAUCCUAGAGCCUGGGGCCGCUUUGACAGCGUUGUCACUGGCUCCAGCGGAGCUUGUGUGCCAGCUUUCUGCGACGACCAAAACCCAGAUGCCUACAGUGCUUACAUCAUGGCGAGCCUGGGGGGAGAAGAACUCGAAGCUGUCCCCUCAUCUCCACGGCUUAACCCCAUUGCCAUUGGAGUCCCACAGCCCUAUCUCAGUAAGCUGAAAUACAGCCGAACGGAUCACAUGGAUCGCAACGUGAAGAAAACUGCUUUCAGGAUCAGCGUGGCCAAGCCCACUCCCAACACCGCUGAAGAGAGCAAUGGUCCCAUCUACCCUUACGAAAAGCUACGAGAAUGUGAAGCAGCUCCGUACAGCGCUGCCCACUUCAGGUUUUACAGGACAGAGGGAGACCGGUAUGAUUACAACACGGUUCCUUUCAACGAGGAUGAUCCCAUAAACUGGACAGAAGACUACUUGGCGUGGUGGCCCAAGCCAAUGGAAUUUAGGGCUUGCUACGUUAAAAUAAAAAUAAAUGGCCCCCUCGAGGUGAACGUGAGGUCUCGCAACAUGGGUGGCACGCAUCCACGGACUGUCGGCCAGCUGUUUGGCAUCAGAGACGUGCGUAGCAUCCAUGACCUAGAGCAACCGGAUAUUUCAGCAGCAUGCCUGGAAUUCAAGUGCAGCGGCAUGUUGUAUGACCAAGAACGUGUUGACCGGACACUGGUGACAAUUAUCCCGCAGGGGAGCUGCUUCAGGGAGAGCGUCAACAGCAUACUGCACGAGUAUCUAGUUAACCACCUUCCUGUUGCUGUCAAUAACGAUUCCAGCCAGUACACCAUGCUGGCUCCUCUUGAUCCUCUUGGUCACAACUAUGGGAUCUAUACUGUUACAGACCAGGAUCCCAGGACAGCCAAGGAAAUAGCUCUGGGCCGGUGUUUUGAUGGAACAUCUGACGGUUCCUCAAGAACCAUGAAGAAUAAUGUGGGCAUAGCGCUCACUUUUAACUGUCAAGAAAGAGAUGCUCAACAGCAAAGCCUAUUCCAAUCCCUGCGGAAUGUGCCUAGCCAGGUCCCAGUAAGCCCUCUUAGAGAGAGAAUAGGCAUAAGAAGGCCAAGCGAAAGCCGUGUGGGUCAGACCAAGGGGAAAGGCACCCUUUCCGUUAGAAUUCCUCAAAGAGCCCAAUAAGCUCUUAUAAAACACCCCCGUGGAUCCAGCAGCUCUGUGGGGAUCACAGGGUCCUUGCCAAUACCUGUGCAUCAGUGCAGGGGACGGCUUCACGUGGCAAUGCUCAGAAUCUUUAACACCAAUGUACACUGGGAAGCCAUUUCUCAUGUGGAGUUCCAUGCGUCUUUCAACGUCUUUUCCAAACCUUCAAAUCGCAUCCUAGGAAUGUAGUGAAACACUUGCAAAUAGCAAGCACUUGAUUAGAGCAGUCUAAAGACAGGGGGUGGUGGAAAUCAGGCAUUCAGUAGCUAAUGCUGCCUGGCAAAGUUAAAUCUGGUAAAACUGAACCUGGUAACUUUUUCCUGGUUUGUUGAAGGGUAAGCUCCAGGGGCAGCCAACGUGGUGCUCUCCAGACACUGUUGGAUUACAACUCUCAAAAUCCUGAUGGGAGUUGGAAUCCGACAACAUCUGGAUGGAACCUGACGGGCUACCCUUCGCUUAAGCAGUGGCACCUCUCAGCGAAGGAAGACAGCGUAUGUAGGGUCAGCAGACCAGGAUGAAUCGACAAGAACAAGGCUCUUAUCUCAAGUGAUGUGCUCAGGUCCCCCAACUCUUGUUUCCUUCCGUCUGGUCUGUUACGUUUUGCAUACAUAUUAAAAGGUGAACAGAUCCCUGCAAAUAACCUGGCCUCAGUCCACAAGCGUCAGCCCAGUUUUUGCACCAUUGGCAAAUCCUUUUUGAAAACUUAGAACUGGCUGCCCUUACCCAACAUCAGGUUUGGAAGAUGCCUUCUUGGAGGAAGUUCACCUUUGAAAGAUGAGCUGUUGACCAAAUACAGUUGAAGAGUUAACACCCAUCCAUAUAACUAUGAGCUUAUAUUUUGGCAAAAUGUUAAAUACUGUAAAAAGUUAUCGGCGGGGGUGGAAGCAGGAAUGUCAGAUAUGAAAGAAUGUACACAAACUCUUUUUCUAAUUAAGUGGCUUUCCAGCCCCAUUUGCAAACGGUAACGAAUAAAAAGGAAGCAAUUCCUUCAUACUGAAUUUUAACUGUAAGAAUUUGUACUUGCAAAUGUGAACAAUAUUUAUUUCUGUAUUUGCUAGGCAACUGCAUGUGUGCGUAUUCAUUCCUACAGUAGUAUUUGUGGACUCGCUCCCUCAUUGGUUAACUUACAGAAAUACCUAUUAAAUUCAUUUUCGGUUUUUACCCCACACCUUCUCCAAGGAGCUCAAGGCAGGAUGCAUGGUUUCCCCUCUCCC